GUGUAAUUCUGUCCCUCAGAACUUUAGUACUUUCAGUAAGAGACAUGAGUAAGGAUCAGACACAAACAAACAGUGAAAGCUGGACUGUAGAUGGUCAGCCGAAUGCUCAAAGGUGUAAACACAGGACAUAGCGGAGAUAGAGUUUGUAAACAAGGCCAUGCAUCAACAGAGCGCAGAUUUUUUGGGCUAAUAUGAUGCAGGAUCCUAAUGAGUGUCAUGAAAUAAUUAAAAACUCCAUAGACAUGGACAGACUGAAUCAGAAUGCUCCAGAACAUGGCCGCCAGACUCAUCAGGUCUUACAGAGUACUCCACUGGACCUGAUUGAAACAGGCAAAACACUCAAAGUCCAGGCAGAGCGCCCCCAUCUUGUCAGCCUGGGAAGUGGCCGACUGAGUACAGCAAUAACUCUACUGCCCUUGCCGGAGGGAAAGACUACACUUGGUCAUGGGAACACAGACAUUAAUAUUCAGGGUCCGGGUGUUGCUGCUUUACACUGCUACAUUGAAAAUGUGGGUGGAGUCAUCACCCUGUUCCCCUGUGGAAAUCAGUGCUCGAUGGAUGGCCUUUCUGUUACCAAGCCUGUUAGACUCACGCAAGGGUGUAUGCUUUGUUUUGGCCAGUCAUCCUUUUUCCGCUUUAACCACCCAGAAGAGGCCCUCAGGAUGAAGAGUUUGAUGCCAGGUGGAAGUCCUGGACUUGCUAGUGCCUACAGGAACCACACAGAAACUCACGGGCAGCUCAAUGGAAACCAUCUUUCACUGCAUGAGAAAACUCGUUCUGGACAAGGCACUCUUGUUUGCUCUAUGGAGAAAGACUUUAAGGAUAUUAUGAGCUCUCUGUCUAUGGAUGAAGCCAAGGCUUCUUCCUCCAAGCACCGUAAACAAACUUACCACCCCAGUCCGCAAUCUGCCAUGCUCAAUGGGGGUGUCCACAAUAUUGUCUCCUCUCCAACCAGUCCUGGGGCUAUGUCUGUGAGUUCCAACUAUAAAAAUACCAGUCCUCCCCUUUCCACCCCAUCAGGGGAUAGUUUGGACUUAACUUAUACUCGUUCCACCAGCAACACUUUCACUGUCCAGGCCCCAGUGCCACAACCACGUACUUUUGUAUCCAAAACCAGCAAUUCCAGUGGAGGACUAAAGGAUCAGGAAAGUUCCAGGCUUCAAAAGAAAGGCUUUACGGAAACCCCUUCAAGCCCUACAACCAAUCGUAAAGGUACCCAAAAGUCUGUCACAACCUCUUCCUCACCUGUAUCUUCCAGCCCCAGAUCCAGUAUUGGAUCCUCCAGCCAAGAAACUACUUCAACUUUUCAAUCCAACCAGCCAAACUCACGUGCACUCCUUCCUCCAGAAAGUCCCCAGUCAACCCGUCGUGUCGUGGAUACAUCCAGCAUGCGUGAUCUUCCUCCUCUCAGCCCCUCCUCAUCACGAAGAGGUAUCCUAGGAGUGCCUGUUCUCCCCGGAGCUCUACCUGCUGUUCCCCUGACCUCUCGUAGCCAACCAGGUCGGAGCGUACCAGAGAGUCCUCGACUCCAGCGGCGAAUCACAACAGAGGAUGAAGUAGUAAAUUCCAGGUUGCAAGCCAGAAGCCCAUCUCCUGUAUCAGGUCUUUUGAAGGACCAGUCAGGUGGUCCUGGAGGAAGGCAGAGGGGAGGUCUCACACCAUCUCUGAGCUCCCAGACUGGGAUGUCACCUCUCACCAGUCUCGGGAACCAGAGAAAGAACCCUAGGGAGCCACGGCAGGCCCAGCCACGCACACGAGAACGCAAGAACAGCAUAUCAGAGGUCAGCGACAAAGAGGAAGACUUAUUGGAGUACCAUCGCUGGCAGAGAGAGGAACGGAUGCGUGAGCAGGAGAUGGAGAGGCUGGAGAGGCAGAGGCUUGAAACCAUCCUGAAUUUGUGUGCCGAAUAUAAUAAAAGUGACUCUCCAGCUGGCGUGGACGCAGGUAGGGAGUGUCUGUUUCCGUGUAUGGAGGAGGUUCAGGGUCUGCGACCCGCCCCUGACCCUGUGGCAGCCCAUAGCUCUUACAGACAGAGAGAGAGUGAAGAGGAGAACUUGAAAGAGGAGUGUAGCAGCACUGAGAGCCAGCACCAAGAGCAUGAAGAUUCUUCAGUGCUGGGGCAGCAAGAGCGAGUGUAUUUGGAGGAGGAACGGGUCAGGGUUCUGGCUCGGGUAGACGAGUUGAAGACCCGUGUCACUGACCUAGAACAACAGAUUCAGGAGUGCAGACAAGAGGCAGAGAUGGAGAGGGCUUUACUCCAGGGAGAAAGGAGGGCGGAGCUUGAUCAAGUGGAGGCCGAGUUAGAGAUCAUCAAUCAACUUCAGCUCAAACUGAAUGAAGUGGAAAAUGAAACGCAAAGGGAGAAAGCGAAGGAGAGAGCAAAAGUCUCAGCUGAGCGGGAUGUCCUGGCCAGGCUGAGGGAUUCGUACAGUGAACUGAAGGGCCAGCUUCAUAAAUGCCCCGAAUCACUGAGGGAGCACUUACAGGAGCAAGUGACCAGGAAGGCAGAGGCGAUGGAGUCGGCCACUAAGCGCUUUGAGGAUUUGGAAUUUCGCCAGUUGGAGAGAGAGAGUGGCAUAGAAGAAGAGAAGGAGACCGUCAGCCGACAGCUGUUGCAGGACAAGGCAGAGUAUCACCGGAGCGUGGCCAAAAGGAAGGAGAAAAUGGCGACCCUUGAAAUUCAGGCUAAUCAAUUAGGUCUUCAAUCAGGUCAGGAUUGUGAAAGGAUGGCCAAAGACAGAAACCUGGCCCUGCAGAUGCUCUACAAGGAAAAGGAGAGACUGGUUGCUCUGGAGAAAAGAUACCAGAGCCUGACAGGUGGAAAGACUUCCUCCAAAUCUUCUAAUACUUCGAAAGAGGAAGUGCUGUACAUCAGUGAACCUGAUCUUUUAGAUGAGAUCCCUACCCAGAAUUCCCUGCUUCCCACAUCUUGUUAUCAAAGCUCCUCCCCUCAGAUUUAUCCUUACAGGCCACAGGAGGAGUACCUCAAACUCUCUGAUGUAUAUAAGAUGUAUGGGAGUGGAUAUUUCCCAGCCCAAGCUGCCUCCUCUGCCCCUAACUCCUUCUGUCUCCCGCUGGCUGUAACACCAGACGCUCCUCGUGAGGAGUAUGUGACAGUUAGUCAAUUAAACCAGCUGUUCGGGAUGCCCAAAGUUGACUCCUCCCCCACAUCUUCCGUCCAAUCAUUCCAAGCUAUUGUUGCUGACCCUGUCAUGUCCAGCCACACAUCCCAGUGUGGCUCUUCACAGCUGCUUCCUGUCGAGACCCAGCCUGCAUGGAGUAGGCCUUUAAUCCCCAGGCUAGAUUCAGAGCGUUGGUACCAGGAAAUCAUGGCAGCUGGGGAGCCCAGCAAUGCCUGCCCUCCCCCUCUGCCAGCUAAAUGUCUCUCAUCACGUAAACAUAUGCAGAUCUCCAAGAGGCAAGAUGGUGAGGUGGGACAGACCAAUGGCACAUUUACACCCCCACCUUCCAGCUCAGGCAGAAAUACACCCACCAAAAGUCUACCGGAUCUGUCUCCUGCUUUCUUGGACUUAGACUCCAAAAGACAGUUUGAACUUCAGGGCAGAGGGCUCUAUGCGUAUGAUGAUUUCAGAAUCCGCCCUACGGAUCCUAAACAGAAACCUGUGACGGAGUCUCAAAGCCACUGGGGGGCACCACAGGGCGCUCAUUCCCCAUUUCCAUCUUCAGGAGCUCCCAUGGUACACCACUCGAUACUGCACCACCAAGCACCCCCAGCUGGAGAAUCCACGUAUGACACGCUGAGUCUGGAGAGCUCUGACAGCGUGGAGACAAGCGUAUCUACUGGCAACAACUCGGCUUGCUCACCUGAAAGUAACAACGGGCUGGCCGCACUGAGACUGGAAGAGAUGGAGAAGAUGUUAAAGGAGGCCCAGCAGGAGAAAGCCCGGCUGGUGGAGAGUCGAGAAAGGGAAGUUCAGACACGGAAGCAACUCCUGGAGGCCGAGAGGAAGAGGCGAGAGGAGGUGGAGAGGAGGCUGCUUGAUGAAACUGCACACAGGCAGAGGCUUGUGGAUGAAGAGGUCAAGAUGAGGGAGAAACAGUGUUCCCAGGCUCGGCCAAUGACACGCUACCUGCCUAUUCGGAAAGAGGAGUUCGACCUGCGUUCUCACGUGGAAUCGUCGGGCCACUGCGUGGACACCUGUCCGUUUGUCAAUGUCACCGAAAAAAUGUGCAAGGGCCAUCUCGUCAAGAUGGGCGGCAAGAUCAAAUCCUGGAAAAAACGCUGGUUUGUCUUUGAUCGACUUAAGAGGACUUUCUCUUAUUAUGUAGAUAAGCACGAGACCAAACUAAAGGGUGUCAUCUACUUCCAAGCCAUAGAGGAGGUCUAUUACGAUCACCUGCGCAGCGCAACUAAGAGUCCAAAUCCUUCCCUGACCUUCUGCGUGAAGACUCAUGAUCGACUUUAUUUCAUGGUGGCACCGUCCCCAGAGGCCAUGCGGAUUUGGAUGGAUGUCAUAGUAACGGGUGCCGAGGGCUACACGCAGUUUAUGACCUGAGAGCGUGCGGAUGGACUCAUUUAACAGGAUAUUAUACUUGUAUUAUUAUUGUGAAAAAAAUGAAAAAACUUUAGCCAUCACUGACUGAACUCUGUGACUAGAGAAGAACUGAGGCUGAUCCCAUUAUAUGGAACUGAUGGUCAGAUUUUAUGGUUUAUUAUACAUAUAUAUAAAUUUUACUAAUUGAUUAUAUUAUUGACUUUAUUACUGAACCACUUAAAGAGCUCAGAACUUACAGCAUUUCAUACAGUAUCAAUCAUAUGCUCUAUAUAUUUAUAUUUAUGUAUUUUUUUACAUUUCUUUAAUUUUAUGGUCCCAAGCUUUCAGGUCAGUACAUAAUACGUUACAAUGUAUUAACACACAUCUUUACUUUUAGUUAUUUAGUUGCAUUUACACUUAUGCAAGAUUAGAAAGAUUUUAUAUUAAGCAUAAUUGUAUAUGACAGUAUUCAUAAUCUGUUUUAGGAGAAAAGGCAGCAUUCACAUUUUUGAUAGUUUUUUUAACCACGGUUCUGUCUUUUUUAUUUUGGUAAUUUGUUCUGCAAAGAUUCUUAAACAAGUGGCUCAGGUGCUUGGACGAGUAACAAAAAAUGUACGCCUGCUACCUGAUUUGUUACAAGAUAAAUUGGUCGGGGACCAUUGCAGUAAAUGUUUUGUGCUUUUUAAAAACAAACCAUGGGACACUUUUUACUGAAAGGUUUUGUCUAGCCAAAGUUUUACCCGUGUUGAUAUAUGUACUCUGACUUGCACAUUUUAUUUCAGGGUUUUAAAAAUGUGUGGAUGUGUCACUAUGAUGUAUAGUCACAAAUUGUGUGUUAUUCAGAUUGUUGAUAUCCUCCUGGAUAAGGGUAUUUUAUAAAAUUCAGUGCUACACCACUAACAAUGUAUUUCUACUUUGACAGAAACAAAAAGCUUUUACUUUUGCUUAGAUAAACUCAUUUCAAUGCAUUUCAGUCACUAUUUGUCACGUAUAAGUUUUUCAUUACAUAAUACAUUGAAAUAAAACUAUACUGAUUUAUAG